CCAGCGGGGUGGGGGAGAGCCCCCGCGCGCAUUCGGGGCCGGGUCGGAAAAGCUGCCUCACCGGGCGCGCCCGCCAGCCCCUCCGCUCCCUCCCUCCCUUCCCUCCCAGCGCUCCCCGCCCGGGCCUCCCUUCCAGUCUCCGCUGCGCCCUCCCGGAGGCCGCGCUCGCCAUGUCCCAGCCGGGCCAGAAGCCCGCCGCCUCCCCGCGGCCCCGGCGCGCUGCGGCGGCCCGCCACACCCAGGAGCACACCGAUGGAAAAUCCCGUGGAUCAUCUUCCAAGUCAGGAGAAAAGAAAGGAUCAGAUGAGAAAAAAGCGACAAGCCUUGGGAGCAGUCAACCCUCCAGAACUCAGGCUGGUGGAGCAGCUCCGGUCACCAAGGUGACAGCUUCCUCUGCUUCAACCAGCAAGUCUUCCAGUAUGAAUCCCACAGAAACCAAGGCCAUUCCAGUCAGCAAACAGCUGGAAGGACCGCGUUCUCCUAACAGGAAAAGACACAAAAAACAGGCUGUAAAAACAGAACCUGAGAAGAAGUCACAAUCAACUAAGCCAUCUGUGGUUCAUGAGAAAAAAACCCAAGAAGUAAAGCCAAAGGAACACACAGAGCCAAAAAGCCUACCCAAGCACUCAUCAGAUACAGGAAGCAAGCAUGUUCAUAGUGAAAAAGCAGUUUCCAGAUCAAGUGAGCAGCCAACAUCAGAGAAAUCAACAAAACCAAAGACUAAGUCACAGGACACGAUUUCCAGUGGUGGAAAGAGUGCUGUUACUGGCGUAGCUGCAGCAUCUGACAAACCAGCUGACAAGAAAAAAGAAGAUAAAUCAUUAACAUCGGCUGUACCAGUUGAAGCCAAACCAAGUAAACCAUCUGGAAAGUCAGGCAUGGAAGCUGCUUUGGAUGACUUAAUAGACACUUUAGGAGAACCUGAAGAAACUAAGGAAGAUAAUACAACAUAUACUGGACCUGAAGUUUUGGAUCCAAUGAGUUCUACCUACAUAGAGGAAUUGGGUAAAAGAGAAGUCACACUUCCUCCAAAAUAUAGGGAACUUUUGAAUAAAAAAGAAGGGAUCACAGGGCCUCCUCCAGACUCUUCGAAACCCCUGGGGCCUGAUGAUGCCAUAGAUGCCUUGUCAUCAGACUUCACCUGCAGUUCUCCUACGUCUGAUGGGAAGAAAACCGAGAAAGAGAAGUCUGCUGGAGAGGUUUUAAAAGCUCAGUCAGCCCAAGUUAUCAAAAGUGCUGCUCCACCGGACGAGAAAAAAAGAAAGGUGGAAGAGGACGCAAUGAGUGAUCAGGCACUUGAGGCUCUGUCAGCUUCGCUGGGCAGCCGGAAGCCAGAACCUGAGCUCGACCUCAGCUCCAUUAAGGAAGUUGAUGAGGCAAAAGCCAAAGAAGAGAAACUAAAGAAGUGUGGUGAAGAUGAGGAAACAGUCCCGUCGGAGUAUAGAUUAAAACCAGCCACGGAUGAAGAUGGGAAACCACUAUUGCCAGAGGCUGAAGAAAAACCCAAGCCCCUGAGUGAAUCAGAACUCAUUGAUGAACUUUCAGAAGAUUUUGACCAGUCCAAGUGUAAAGAAAAACAAUCUAAGCCAACUGAAAAAACACAAGAAUCUCAGGCUGCCGCCCCUGCUCCUGUGGGAGAGGCCGUGCCUCGGACCUCCCUGUGCUGUGUACAGUCGGCGCCAGCCACGGCGAAGGGUAUGGUACCAGAUGAUGCUGUAGAAGCCUUGGCUGGAAGCCUGGGGAAAAAGGAAGCAGAUCCAGAAGAUGGAAAGCCUGUGGAGGAUAAAGUCAAGGAAAAAGCCAAAGAAGAGGAUCGUGAAAAACUUGGUGAAAAAGAAGAAACAAUUCCUCCUGAUUAUAGAUUAGAAGAGGUCAAGGAUAAAGAUGGAAAACCACUGCUGCCAAAAGAGCCCAAGGAACCGCUCCCACCCUUGAGUGAAGACCUCCUCCUUGAUGCUUUGUCCAAGGACUUCACUGUUCCCCCAAACACUUCAUCUCUUAAGCAGUUUGAAGAUGCUAAACUUUCAGCUGUCACCUCUGAAGUGGUUUCCCAAACCCCAGCUCCAACCACCCACUCUGCAGGGCCACCCCCUGACAUUCCGCAGAAGGACAGCAAAGAACUCGACGAUGCCCUGGAUCAACUUUCUGACAGUCUUGGGCAAAGACAGCCUGAUCCAGAUGAGAACAAACCCCUAGAGGAUAAAGUCAAGGAAAAAGCGAAAGCUGAACACAGAGACAAGCUGGGAGAAAGAGAUGACACCAUCCCACCUGAAUAUCGACAUCUCUUGGAUGAUGACAAGGAGGGCAAAUCAGCAAAACCACCUACAAAGAAACCCGAGGCAUCAAAGAAACCUACAGAUGCCAAAGACCCCAUUGACGCCCUCUCAGGGGACCUAGACAGCUGUCCCUCAACUACAGAAACCUCAGAGAACACAGCAAAGGACAAAGACAAGAAGACUGCUUCCAGCUCCAAAGCGCCCAAGAAUGGGGGUAAAGCAAAGGAUUCUGCAAAGGCAAAGGAGGAAACUUCCAAGCCAAAAGCUGAUGGAAAAAGUACAAGUUAAAGUUCACACUAUCUGGUAUCUGCAUAUAAAAUCUUCAGCUGGUAGAUGGUGACUUUUGAAGAACAAAAGGCUUUGACAGCAGAAAAAUUUUCUGGAUGGCUUCUAGAUGGCUGUAUUUGUUGAGUCUUUUGACAUCCUAUUUGUUAUUCUUUUCCUGAAAAACUGAAUUUGUCUGGUUCACCUGUGUUAUUCUACUGAGUAUUGAUAAACUUUGAAUUUUUAAAAAGUG